AUGGAGAGUAGUCAUAUAAGUGAAGAAGUUUUAGUCGAGGAAGAAGAUGACUUAAUAAGUGAAGACGAAACUUUGGUUAAUGAAUUUGAAGAAGAAGAUGAAAUAGCCAACAACGAGGAUGACGCUCAAACUGAAGAGGUUGCUGCUUUAGAAGCAAAUAAUGAUAAUGAGAAGAAAGAUGAAAUAUAUAUUGGAAUGGAGUUCAGUUCUGAUGAAAUUGCACAUAUAACUUAUAAAAAGUAUGGAGGCAAUCAUGGUUUCAAUGUAAGAAAACAACGGAGGAUGAAGAAAAAAGAGAAGGUAGUAAGGCUUCUUUAUGUUUGCUCAAAACAAGGGUACAUGAAAGAACCUAAGGUCAUAAAAUCUUAUUCACAGCCAAUCACACGGUGUGGUUGUAAUGCUCAUAUGACUUGCUACCUUCAGAAGACCGGAAAAUAUAAGGUUGUGUCUUUCGAGCCGAACCAUAACCAUGAUUUAGUGAAGACACCUAUGAAACAUUUGUUGAAGGGAAAUCGGGUAUUAUCUAUCUCUCAAAAACAACAUGCAGAUGAUGCCGAGAUGUCAGGGAUUUCAGUAAAAGCAACCGUUGAAAUGAUGAGUAGAGAAGUAGGAGGAAAAAAAAGAGGGUAUGCAUCUUUUUUUUAUUCAAUGCAACUUGAUGAGGAUGAUAUGAUCACUAAUAUCUUCUGGGCAGAUGAUCGGUCUAUAAGUGAUUACAAUCUUUUUGGAGAUGUCGUUUGCUUUGACACAACUUAUAAGACCAAUGACUAUGAAAGACCCUUUGCUCCAUUUGUCGGAGUCAAUCAUCAUAAGCAAACUGUUGUGUUUGGUGCUGCUCUCUUAUAUGAUGAAACCACUGAGUCAUAUAAGUGGCUUUUCGAGACUUUUCUUGGAGCAAUGUCUGGAAAACAACCUGAAACAAUUCUUACAGACCAAUGUGCAGCAAUGGCGAAUGCAAUAGUGAAGGUAUUUCCUGAUACAAAGCAUAGAUUAUGUGUUUGGCAUAUUUACCAAAAUGCUGCAAAGAAGUUGAGUCAUGUAUUUCAUGGAGCAGAACAAUUUGCCAUGAACUUUAGUAAAUGUGUAUAUGACCAUGAGGAAGAAGAAGAAUGGUUAUUGGCAUGGAGUAAUAUGCUCCAGUAG